GCACUCGGCUGUCUGAAUGCCCUCCGCUUCCCCGCACACCCGCACCCGCCAUGUCCUCUGUGACAGCACUCUUCCUCCCUCCCGACUUGCCCUAUCCCAUCAAGAUCACCGCACACGCAGUCGGCCCCGCCGCCAACGUCGCACGCGGCACCCGCCUCCUCAGCUACUCCUUCACGUAUCAUCCCCCUGAUGCCUCCGAGCCUGAACGUCGCUUCGGAACAUGGGACUCCUCCAUCGAGGGAACUGUCGAGAGAUGGGCCUUCAAGCAGGGUGAAACCGUCUCUCCGCGCAAGGCCACAGAGGUCCCCGCUGUUUACAUCACGGAGCCGUGCAAACAUGGCGUUCAAAUCGGCGGGUUGUGUUGUUUGUGUGGAAAGGACAUGACAGAGUUCUCGGACACCUCGCGUGCAUCAAUCCAGAUGACUCAUCUGGCCAACGGGCCUACUGUAUCUCUCGAGGAGGCACAACGUAUCGAGCAGGAGACUGCCCAGCACCUACUCAAGUCGCGCAAGCUGUCUUUGAUCGUCGACCUCGAUCAGACAAUUGUGCACGCCACUGUUGAUCCAACUGUCGGCGAAUGGAUCACGGAGGGAGAGGCGUGGGAGGCCCGACACGCCCAGCAAGCAGAGGCUGCUCAGAACAAGGAGGGCGACUCAGACCAGACUACCUCCGACGAUGAUGACGAGGUUAAUCCCAACUGGGAGGCGCUGAAGGACGUCAAGAAGUUCCGCUUGGGCCCUGAGGCGCUCGGCCAACCCUCUUUCCGUGGACCGAAAGGUAAGGGGAAGGAGAAGGCCGCUGAGAACGACGGAUGCAUGUACUACAUCAAGCCUCGGCCCGGCUGGAAUGACUUCCUGCAGACAAUGGCGACCAAGUACGAGAUGCAUGUGUAUACUAUGGGUACGCGUGCAUAUGCAGAGGAAGUCUGCGCCGCCAUUGACCCUGAAGGCAAGAUCUUCGGGGGCCGCAUCCUCAGCCGAGACGAAAGCGGAAGUUUGACGCAGAAGAGCUUGCAGCGUUUGUUCCCAAGUGAUCAGAGUAUGGUCGUAAUCAUCGAUGAUCGAGCCGAUGUUUGGGAAUGGACACCGACCCCUACCCCAUCUCCCUCUCAAGCUGUCACUCAGGAGACAGCGGAUGACUCGCAACCUCCUCAAGAACCCUCUACUCAAGAGACGACAGAAAGCUCAGUCCCACCACCACCACCAUCACCGUCUACACCACCCCCAGACUCCCCGACACCUUCGCUCUCUACGUCAGCAACAUCAUCAUCAUCCGAGAGUUUGUCAGCGGAUGACAUAGCCAAUAGCAUCAUCCUCAAGCAGAACACUGCGGCACUGGAAGCGCAGGUAGAGGAUCGGCCGCUUGCCAAGAAGCAAGAGGAGCUUGAGGAACGGGACACGGCGCAGCAGACCAACGGGCACAGCACAGUGACACCGACGAAUGGGUCUUCGCCAGCGCAGCAGCCUGCGCCGAAGGAGAAGGUCGUGCGGAAGGCACUGCUAACGAACAACGAUAUGGAGCUGCAGCGAGUCCAGAAGAUUCUGGAGGAAGUGCACCAACGCUUCUAUGACGAGUACGACGCGCGUUCUUUGGAGCCCAAACCCAAACCUUCCAGGCGGAAGGGUUCCAAACUGCCUGAGCCCAUACCAUACGACGUCCGGAUGAUUAUACCCCGUAUACGGAGGGAUACCUUGGACGGAUGUCAGAUUCUUUCUCUAGUACCGGAAGCGACCGAAAUCUGGAAGACGGCCCACGCGUUUGGUGCCAAGUGCUACACGGAGCUUUCUGGCCGCAUUACCCACGUCGUCGCUGCGAAGCGCGGCACCCAAAAGGUCGACGCGGCGCGCCGGAUGGGCACCGCCAAGAUCGUCUGGCUUGCCUGGUUCACCGACUCGAUCGCGUUGUGGGCACGGCAGGACGAGACGCCGUACCUGCUGGACCCGGAUCCCCCGCCCCAUGCGAGCGCUAUGACUGGGACCACGAACGCGUCGCGGCGGCGCCCGAGGAGGGAGAGGACCUCGCCCUCGACGAGGUCAACUGGGACGAGAUCAACGAUGAGGUCGACGCGGCUAUGAACGAGAGCGAUGACGACGGGGCGAGUGAGCGGAGUGGCACGCAGAGUGGGAACGUGUCGGAGGACGAGGAUACCUGGACGGACGAGUCAAAUAGCAUCAUCAGUGCCGCAUCUUCCCCUCGGAACAAACGGAAACGGUUACGCAGCUUGACGCCGUCCGAGGUCGGGGUGAACGGCAGGGUCCCCUCCGAUGUCCUCCGUUCGCCCCUUGCAAAGCGGAAGAAGCUCGCGGCCGAUCGCUCGGGCAAUUCGAAGCUCAAGGAGGCGUUCACAGCCGAUGAAUUGGCGAAGAGGGGCACGCCAACCCAUUCCGAGCAGGAUCUGACGGAAUCGGAGCCCGUGCAGAAGGGAUCAGUCCGGCUGAGAGGGACGAGGA